CUCGUUCCUUUUUGUCGGGGCCGCUCUUGAGAGCAUUUUCCUGACACUUGAACCAUUUUCCCAGUUUUGUUUUUUCAUGCAAGUGACUGGAUAAUAUGUGCGAAUUUAAAUGGUGGAUUGUGCAAGCGAUUUAGAUGAGCACGAUCCAAAGUCAAAAGUAUCUUAGAUUAAGUGUGUGAUUUUAGUGUUUAAAUAUGUACAAAACUUAAUUUAAAAUACCAAAAAAUUUAGUGUUUUAUUGUGUAAAAUCAUGGAAUAAAUUCGAAAGGGCUGGUUUUUCAAUUAUCGUAAAAAUAUGGGUUGCGAAUUGGGUAAAUUAGCGAGCCGGGAUAAUCGGAACGGUAGCCGGAAACUGGACGAGGCCGCGCCCCAGCAGCAAGUCGACCCCCGGCUGCCUCUGACCGCCAAACAGAAAUACAACAUGAUGGCCUCGUGGAAAGGGAUCAGCAGGGCGAUGGAAAGUACCGGAGUUUGUAUGUUUCUCAAAUUGUUUGAAGAACAUGGAGAAUUAUUACUGCUAUUUGAAAAAUUCAAAACCCUAAAGUCCAAAGAAGACCAAGCGACCAGUUUGGAACUUGCUGAACAUGCCACAACCGUAAUGAGCACUCUGGACGAAGGCAUCAAAGGUCUGGACGAUUUGGACACGUUUUUCGAGUACCUCCAUCAAGUCGGCGCCAGCCAUCGCAGGAUACCUGGAUUUAAAGCCGAAUAUUUCUGGAGGAUCGAAAAGCCGUUUCUCGAAGCAGUAGAAACGACUUUAGGCGACCGUUACACCUCCAACGUAGAAAACAUAUACAAAAUAACGAUAAAAUUCAUCAUAGAAACUCUUAUCAAAGGAUUUGAUAAUGCCAACGCCACGACCUGAAGACACAAAAAACGGAGCCAAACAAUAGACUGAAAUUUAAUUUAAAAAAAAAGACAAAAAAUAAUGAGCUUCUGGAGCACACCUUUUGUACCAAACUUCUCCCUCUGAUUGUAUGUUUAUAAUUAUUUUCACCCGUGUGUUCAAAUUAAAUUAUUAAAACAAAAUAUUAUUAAUUAUUGCAAUUAUUAUUAGUGAACAUUUUAUUAUUUGCUCCAAGUGAACCCAAAAUAGUCCUCCAAUUGUGAUCCUAAUAAUAUCGCAUAUUCACAUUUGAACCAAUAAUGAAAACAUGUAGCAUUUGUAAAUACACAAUUUUUUUGUUUUUUUUUUUUAGUCACUAAUAAUAAUUAUUAUUGUUGUUUAUUAUUAGCCAAAAUAUUAUUAUUUUAGAUUGUUGUACCUAUACUUUUAGCAACUAACUGUUUUUGAUUGGGUGAUAAAAAUGUUAUUUUUUAAAUAAUACAAUACAAUAUAUUCCGAAUA